AUGAUUAAUAAUCAACAACAACAAAAUACAAACAAUAGUAAUAAUAAUAAUAAUAAUAAUGGUCAAACAAACGACUCUUCCAACUUGUUACAACAACAACAACAGCAGCAACAACAUCAACACCAACAACAACAACAACAACUACAACUACAACAACAAAUGCAAUUACAACAAUUACUUCAACAACAACAAUUGUUACAACAGCAAUUAGCUGCUUCCCAACAACAGCAACAACCUCAACAACAACAACAACAAAUGGGGAUGAUGCAACAGCAACAACAACAACAACAACAACCUCAAUCUCAACACCCAAAUAUAGGUCUAACACAACAACAAUUAUUACAACACCAACAAUUAGGAGAAAUGCAAAAACAAUACCAAAGUUUCUUGCAACACCAACAAGAGUAUUUAUCUCAACAACAAACACAAUUAAAUAAUGGUCAACAACAAACACCUGAACAAUUACCAACCCUCCAACAAUUCCUUCAACAACAACAAACUCUUUCACCAAAUACAUCGCCACCACAAUUAUCACCACCAGAUAUGAAUGCACAUGUUAUAAACCUUGUAGAUAAUAUAGACACCUGUACAGAUAGCAACCAAAGAAAAAAUAUGAGACGACCAUCACUUCCUCCAAUGAUGUCAGAAGACGAACAAAAGGCUAAUCGUUCCAACCAAAAUAUUGCCAGUCGAAACUAUCGACAAAGAAGAAAAGAUUACAUCAAAGAGAUUGAAGCAAAGUUGGCUACUCUAACAUUUGAAAAUCAUCAACUGAAAAAAGAAAAUGAAUCUCUAAAGGAAUCUGGAGGAGUUGAUGUAAUGAGACCAGAACCAGAAUUAAUAACAAUGUUAAUGGAAGCAAAACAAAUCAUUGUACAAAUGAGUCAGGCAAUUAAAAAGAAUGACGAACGAACACUUAUUUAUCUACUACAUCUAUUCCAUUCAGCCAUUGCCAAGCGAUAUGCAGUGGCUGAAAGAGAGGUGGAAAAGAUUGUUCAUCCAUACACACAGUCCAAGUUGGCAUCGAUGGGAUAUGUUCCCAAGAUUGACCGUCCACUACUCAAUAUCACGGGACCUGCUAGCGAGGGCUGGUUCUCACUGUACAAACAAGAGGCCGAUAUCGCAGAGGAGCAGAGUCUCAAGUUGGAGGCACUUCGAAACGAACACGAUCGUCAAGACAUUAGACUAAAAGAGGAACGUGAGAUGCUAGACAAGGAAAUUAAAAAGUUCUUUUACACAAAGAUUCUUGUAUUGCCAUCUAAUCCAACUACACUUGAAGGUGCUCUUGGAGGUGGUGAUGUAUCUUUACAACCUUUACAAGGUGGUGGUGAUGGACAACAACAACAACAACAUCAACUUCAACACAAUGCAAGUGGACAAUUCCAUGUACAAGAUUUUAUUCCUACCGACUCUUCACUCAACACUACACCAGUGACUAGUUCACCACUAGAGAUUAACCAAAUCCUAGAAUUUGCCAAGAAAUUGGAAUCACUUAAAAACAACUUUAUCAAGCAUCGUAAUUUGGUGGUUGAUACACUUGCCUCACUCAGCAGUAUCCUCAGUCCCAAGCAAGAGGCAAUGUUGCUAGUUCGCGUUCACUUUAACACCACCUACAACUUUACACAGAUGGAAUUGCUCAAAGAUGUCUGGACAACCAUUCUCAACCAAAACAAGACUACUACUGGCCCCAAAACCAUCGCCGAGGCAUUGGCCAAAUUCUCGGCAUCAGAGUCUGCCAAGGCCAUGCCAACCGUCGAGCAGAUUGUCAAACCACCUCAAUUCCAUCAAUACGAUCCCAACCAAGUCAAAAAGGAACGUACAUCCAACAAGAAAAAGUCAGCAACCAAACAAAAAUCAUCUUCUAAAAAGUCAUCCGCCACUGUUCAUCUUACGCCACAAUCAUCUUCUUCAUCUUCCUCUUCCUUUUCAUCUUCUACUCCAAUUGCCACUACUCCUACUACAACCAUUUCAAAUAAUAAUAAUUUAAAUCUAAAUAAUUUAGAUAUUAAUAGUAGUAGUGGUAGCAAUAGCAGCAAUGGAAAUCAACAAAGUAAUAGCGGUAAUGGAAACAUUAAUAAUGGUGGGAAUAGUGAUACGACAACCACCACAAAUAAUGGUGGCAACACUCCUGGAAAUGAUAAGAAAUUCCAAUGGGUCAAUUUCAACUAUUAA